AUGCGCUGGAGUGUCUCUACAUCACUCCUGGUGACAGGCCUAAUUGGAAACGCCUUUGCUGGUGUACACCACUAUCAUGCCCAUCGCCAUCGCCAUCAUCAUUUGAUCCAGCAUGGCCCGAAGUUGGACACCAGAGACAAGGCCCAGGAUGUUGCGGAGAAACUCCUAGACGACAUUGUGAUAGAGUCUACUACUGUCACAACAACAACGACCGUUCACGGAAACUGCGCGCCGACGAAUAAUCUAUUCAGUCACCUCACAAUCGUUGAAACAAAACCUAGUCCAACACACAGCCUGACACCCGCGCAACAUGAGUACCCGCAACCAUUGUGGAACCCAUUCGCGCCGAAUACAGAAUCCAUCGACACGCGGCCCACCCAGCCCGAGCUACCUGUCGUGAACCAAAAAGCACCCGAGCCCACUUCUACAACUUUCAUCACCAAGACGAUCCACAAGACCGCAACAGACACUGUGAGGGUCACUGUCCACCCGGAUUCCAGUCCUAUCCCAGUACCAGAUACACCGGCUGGGUUACCAUUCUCUGAAAAGAAGAUAGCUCUGGCAGGUACUCUUCCUCAAAACCCUUCAUCAGAAGAAAAAACCGUUCCGGCGAAGGCAGGUCCGCCUCCGCCGCCGCCGCCACCACCACCACCACCAAAGGAUAAAGGCGGCGCAGUCAACGCCGUACUCGACCUUCCAGGCCAGGUCUUGCCCGACAUCCCAGUCGUGAACCAGAUUAUCCCAGGCCCCAAGCCCCAGGGCCCAUCACCUGUGGAUUGGACCGAAACCCCACCAAAAGGCAAAUUCUCAACCAAGGGGUUCGGCGGACGAACACCCGGAAAAGGCACUGAGAUUCACUACCACGGCAACACAGGCAAGCCAUGGGGCAGCAACAUCAUCACAGUUAACGAAUUCGAAGCCCACCACUACAAAUACGUAACAAGAUUCACGGGCUCGAAUGACAAGCCCUGGACCGUCGUCGUGUGGAACAAAGUCGGACCUGACGGAAAACUGGAUGGAUGGUACGGUCACUCUGCAGUCACGUUUACUCUGGCGCCCGGAGAAACUCGCUUCGUUGCUUUCGACGAGGAUUCCGAGGGUGCAUGGGGUGCUGCGCCUGGUGACCAUUUACCGAAAGACCAAUGGGGCGGGUACUCCAGCACGUGGGGUGAAUUCUCAUUUGGAGAUGGUGAAAACAAUGGUUGGUCUGGGUGGGAUGUGUCUGCUAUUCAAGCUCAGAUCGCCAAGCAGCAUGUGCAAGGGAUGUCGAUUUGUCAGGCUGAUGGGAAGGGGUGCUCUGUGAUUACGCCGAAUGCGAAAAAGGUGGUGGAUGCUUAUACUGAGUCGGAGAAGCAUAAGGAUGGCAUUGGAGGUGCUGCGUCUCCUGGUCCUGUGCGGUUGAAUGUCAUUCUUGAUUAUCGAGGGUAA